GAAACGCACGCAGGAUCCCAUGUGUCUGCACUGCAGCGAUGGCGAACGGUGAUGGCAUUAGCACACUGCAGAGUUGUCUACAGCUAUUAACCACCAACACAGCGCACCCCGAUCUAUUUCUCAGUGUCCAGGAUGCUCUAGCAGCAGACUUGACAUCACUCACCAAGACACUUUAUGAUCUGCAUAAGGCUCAUGAGCCUGCAGGCUGUAAAGGAAGCCCCCUUGAGCAGCUGGUCAUUGAGAAUUUUGACGAGGAGCAAAUCUGGCAGGAGCUGGAGCUUCAGAAUAGUGCAUUACUGAAACAGUUUGAUGACAUAGUUGGGCAAGCUGUCUCGGAAGACUCUAUAACUUUUCUUGAAGACACAGAGGAGGAGGAGGAGAAUGCUGCUGAUGAUGAUGAUGAUGAUGAUGGAGAUAAUGAGGAUUUGGCUGAGGAGAGCGAGGAGGAGGAGGAGGAGGAUGAUGAAGAGGAAGAAUUGGAACAAAGACCAAAAUCAUCUGGAGACAAUGAGGAAGAGGACUUUUCUGGCGAGGACUCUGAUUUGGACUUUAAUGUAGAUCAAUUUGAAAAACAAACCAAACAACAGAGACAGUCAACUACCAAAUUAUCAAAAUCUAAUGUGGCCGUGUCAGAAGUGGAUGACAGGUUUUUUAAGCUCUCAGAAAUGGAGGCUUUUCUGGAGGACAUGGAUAAAAGAGAGGGAAAGGAGAGCGUAGGGGAGGAAAUAGACUACUUUCAAGAUUUACCAACAGAUGAUGAAGAGGAACUUAGCUUUGAUAAACCAGUGACAUUGAAAAAACAAAAACAGAAGAGAAGCUCCAGAGAUAUAAAAUACAAAGAUUUCUUUGCUCCUGUGGAUGGAGAGCUUGAACAGACAGAUCCAGAUGCAGAUACUGAACUGGAAUCUAAUGAUGAUUUUGAGGGAGCACAAGAUGAUGAGGAGGAGGAGGAGGAUGAUGAAGAUGAUUUUGAUAUGGAUGAACAUCUAAAACCUUCCGCCCCUCAAUUUAGGGGUGAUAUGGGUGGUGCUGAAAGCCGGAAAGCCAGAGAUGCUUUACGGAAAGUGACCUUUGAGCUCCCUGAUGACAGUGAAGGGGAGGAUAUGGAAGACAUUCUGGGUGGAAAAGCUAAAAAUUGGCCUAAACAUGAGUCUAAGUCAGCAUUUGAAAAGCGACAGGAAAAGAUGGCACAGACGAUUGACGAACUGGAGAAUGCUGCGUUGUCGGAGAAGCCAUGGCAGCUUACGGGAGAGGUGACUGCUCAGACUCGGCCAGAGAACAGCAUGCUGGAGGAGGAUGUGGCGUUUGACCAGGCCUCGAGGAUGGCCCCUGCAAUCACAGAGGAAACUACAUUACAGCUUGAGGACAUAAUUAAACAGAGAAUCAAAGAUCAGGUUUGGGAUGAUGUGGUAAGGAAAGAAAAGCCUAAAGAGGAGGCGUUUGAGUAUAAGAAGAGACUCACUCUGGACCAUGAGAAGAGCAAACUGAGUUUGGCAGAGGUUUAUGAGCAGGAAUAUAUUAAACAGAUACAGAACAAGAAGGAAGAUGAAGAGAAUCCAGCACAUGUAGAAAUCCAGAAACUCAUGGACACUCUCUUCCUCAAAUUGGAUGCACUUUCAAACUUCCACUUUACACCAAAACCACAUAUUCCUGAGGUGAAAGUGGUUUCCAACAUGCCUUCGAUUACUAUGGAGGAAGUGGCUCCAGUCAAUGCCAGUGAUGCCACGCUUCUGGCUCCAGAGGAAAUUAAGGAGAAGAAUAAGGCAGGAGAUAUACUUGGAGAAACAGAGAAAACGACCACAGAUAAGAAACGAGAGAGACGAAAGAAGAAGAAACUGAAGCAUAUGAAGAUACAGGAACGAGAGAAGAGACAGAAACACAAAGAGGCGAUGAAAGCAGGAGAAAACAAGAAAAAGAGCAGAGCUGAAGUUGAACAGACUCUGAAGAAACUUACUAAAGGAGGAAAAGCAAAAAUACUCACGAAUGAUGGGAUGGAUAAGGCACUCCGUUCCUCUCAAGCCUUCUUCUCCCAACUACAAGAUCAAGUAAAAAGUCAAGUUAGGGGCUCAAAGGACCAGACCGCAAAGAAGAAGAAACAAAAAGAGAUUUCUGUGAACAAGCUAAAGUUGUAAUGUUAAAAUCUGUCAAAUGUUGUGUAUGUACAGUAAUACUUUUUAUGGGAAAUUGAAUUAGUGGUAUACAUUGUCAUUUUCAAUCAAAUACAGGUUUUUCUUUCC